AUGCGGACUCAGGAGAUGGCCGCUCCGCUGUCCGUCGUCAGGCGGCUGGAAGCAGACCAUGUUGUUCUUCGAGAGGUUCUUGUUCGCCAGGAGACAGCAUUGGAGACCUUGUCGGAGUUGCUGCACCAAAGCUUGCAGCAGGUCGAUGGCAGCUCGCCCGACAACAACAAGCAGGCCCAGCUGCAACAAGAAGACCAUGAAGCACAAAUGUCCGAGAAAGUGGAAGACUCGGAAGUCCAGCCCAAGUCACAUCCACCGCUGAUGAGGGGAACUGCCUUUGUUGAGGAUCACGGUGAUGAAGGUUUGGCGAUCCUGGCAGAGCCCUGGUGGCAGAGCAACGAGGGUAAGAAAAGACCGGUGCGAUCGCGGCGAGACUCUAUCCUGGCAUCAGGAGCAGAGUCCUUCAACUCCGUGCCUUCCACCACAACUCUUCGCUCAGUUUUGAAGAAGCGCACCAUCUCAUCGUCCUUGGCGGGUCGAGCACAGGAGACUUCAAGUCCAUGUUUGCAGCAGUGCUUGCAGAGCCUGGUGGCAUGGAUGGAGUGGUUUCAGCAGCUCCAGGAGCCCAAUAGGAGGUAUUGCUUUGCGAGAAUGGUUGAUGGAAACAAGUUUUCCACGCUGUGCUUGCUGGUGAUUCUGGCAAAUGCUUUCCUGAUCAUCAUCGUGUCAGACUACGAGCUGUCAAACCUGGGGCAACCAAUCCCUGAAGAUUGGGAGCGGCUUGAACUGGGUUUGACGAUUUUCUAUGCCUUUGAGCUGACCCUGAAGAUUUUGGUCCACCGCAUGUACUUCUUCGUCAAUAAUGAAUGGCGUUGGAACAUCUUCGACUUCUCUCUUGUGAUCUUCUCUGUGAUUGAGAUUGCCGUCUCGUCCGUGCUCGAGUCCAACAUCGAUACGACAAGUGAUACGAGCUUGAACUUGGGUUUCCUGCGCCUGCUCAGGCUGACCAAGCUGGCCAAGGUGCUGAGAGUCUUCCGUACAUUGAAGUUCUUCACAGAGCUGCGUCUCAUGCUAGAUUGUGUCCUCGGUUCAUUCUUACAGAUAUUUUGGUGUUUAGCAAUGAUUGUGUUCGUCCUGUACGUCUUCUCUCUCCUCAUAGUCCAAGGCAUAGUUGACUUUCUUAUCUCUGAAGGGGAUACGUUGCUGGAUGUGGAGAUGGACAACCUUAAGUACUACUACCCGUCUGUAGGAGGAUCGCUCCUGACCCUUUUCCAAUCAACUACAGCUGGCCUCGAUUGGCGUGAUGCUUUCGAGGCACUUGCAAAGGGUGGACCCUUCUUAUCCAUAGUAUUCCUGGUCUACAUCAGCAUUUUCACCAUUUCAAUUUGGAACAUUGUGACUAGCACCUUCGUCGAGAAGGCGAUGAAGUUAGCGAAGCCAGACCUUGAUUCGAUGCUUUUGGAGCAGAGCAUGCGCGACUUGAAAGACACGGAGGAGUUAGAGAACUUGUUCAGGCCAUAUGCCACCAAAAACAUGGAUGGCGAAGAGGAAAUCUCGCUCGAAGACUUGCAGGACGCGGCUGACGAGGCCGAAUUCUUGCUGUACCUCUCGGUACGAGGCAUAGAUGUGAAGAAUGUCAAGCUGUUCUUCUACAUGCUCGGCUCGAUGCAUAAGAACUCGGUGGUGGACUUGAAGUCCUUGGUGAAAGCUUGUGUUCGCAUGAAGGGCUUUGCCACAAGCAUUGACCUCCAGUCCGUGUCGUUUGAAGCCAAGCUUAUGCACUCACAAACGAAGGAUCUCUUCAAGGUGCCUUUCCGAUUGUUGGUGCUGCCGUGCUUCGUGAAACAUGUUUGCCAGUAUCCCUCCGUUGGUUAUGGCACUGUCCAGAAGAGGGCAGAAGUUUGGUUUGGUGUUCAGAGUUCGUCUGAGCCACAAGAUUGCUCUUGGCAAGUCGCAGCCUCUGGUUGCGGAUCCUCACGCUGGGGACUGGUGAGGUAG